AUGGUUAAGGAGACGAAUGGACUUAUUUCAGAUAACGACCUACACGUUGACAAAGACCAUCCAUCAGCAGAGGCACUGAAUUACAACAUGAUGUCUAUCAAACGCUACUUAAGUCAACGACUUAUGUAUGUAUUAAACUAUGACGAAGCUAAUUACCAUAAAGAUCUUGUGUAGCCAAUCAGAUAUAUGGUCGCAAAUAUAAAAAAAAUAGAUCGUCAAGAUAAGAUUGAUCGGCUUCUUGUUGAUGCAUUGAGGAAAUCUGAUGAUUCCCAAGAUACAAAUUCAACAAAGAGUAGUAAUCAAUUGUUCUAGAACUGUGAAAGUAUUGUAGAACUGUUGAAUAAGAUCCUUGCCAAAAAAAUCGAAUGGCAAGAGUGGAGAUACAACAACUGUUGCUGAAGUAUGAAUUUGAUAAUGUUGAUAACCUUUAACAAGUUUUACAGGCACAUGAGUCAGUAAUGUUGAACAUUAUUUUGAUGUUUGAGCUUAUUAACACUUUUUACCAUAUUAGUUAAAAUAAAAGCUAUUGUUCUAUACUCUAUUAAGUCUAUCAAAUUAUGUCUUCAUUUGCAAGGACCAUGUCAUUUUGCCAAGGUACUGCUCCAGCAUUUAAAAUAAAAUAACCACGAAAGUUGUCUCGUAUAACUUUGGCAGCCAUAGAGUAGCUAGUUGAUCCCAUGCUUCUCCCAUCCUGAAAUCCUGAAUUGCAUGCACUGAAUUCUUUUCUUGGCGCCAAGCUCCCUCUCUGAAUUUAGAGCCUGCAUCGAUGACUAAUGAAUUUGAAUAUCUGCGUCUCAAAUCGUGACGCGAAAUUCUCAUUGGUCAGUUGCUUAUAAUUUAUAUUAUUCCGCUGAGCUCUAUAUAUGUCAACUGCUAAGCACUAUGCAUAAAAAACACAUUAACUGAUCAAAUUUGUCUUGGCCAUCUUAUCUCAAAGCACGAAAUGUUCUGUUUUGAGAAAACAGUAUUUAAAACAUUUAAACUUUUGCUUCAAUAUCUUAUAUUUCGAAAAACAGUAUAAACUGUACGGUCUAAAUUUAGUUUGCAUGGUCUAAAUUUAGUUUGCACGAAAGUUGUAAACAACACCAUAUAAGGAUAAACAUUCCAUAUUUGGAAAAACGAACGUUACGGGGCAGAUAUUCAAAUUCAUUAGUCAUCGAUGCAGGCUCUCAAUUCAGCUUGAGAGCCUGUUCGCAGGCUAAGAUCUACAAAGUCCGAUGGGCAAUAGGCAUUGUUGGAAAAGGACUUUUCAGCCAUUAAGUAGAAAUGAAGAACGAUUACGGCCCUGGUGGCCUCUGUUGCUACCUCGACAUCCGCAAUAAUUGCUCUCCUGAAUAGUCUAAAUCUAGUAGUGGCUAUUCCAAAUGCAUUUUCUAUUAUUCUGCGAGCUUAAGAAAUGCGGUAAUUAGCAAUUCUUUCUUGCAUCUGAAUGGCUCCUCUUGGAUAUGGUUUGACCAUGUAAGGGAAAAGUUUAUCAGUAUACCUGGUAACUGCCUUGCAGCUGGUAAAUUUAUUAUAUGUUGUUUUCCAUCGCAAUGCUAAUGUUGCUGCUUGAAAAUACACUACCAUCACUAAGCCUACCAUGGUCUACAAUGUUUACCAUUGUAAAUUCAUAUUUAGCAUUACAGACAGCCGUUAAAACUACAUCCUCCUCUUGGGGGACAUUGAAUCGCGACGUGUUUUCCAUCAAUCGCCCCGACGCAGUUCGGGAAAUUCCAUCCGCUUUCAAAAUCUUGAGCAAUCUUUAUCCACUCAGAAGGAUUCUUAGGAACUGUAAUGAAACCUUCUGAACUAAGAACGUCCCAUAUAACAGAGCACGUUUCUUUUACAAUGCGACCAACCCUAGUACAACUGAGUCGAUAGCUUGCAGCAAUCGUUGAAAAGGCAUCUCACCAAAAAUCUCUCAAAAGUCUUUCACUGGGACCUAUAGCUUCUCUCUGGGCUUGAACUGAAAACCAAAUCCCAGUCAAACAGCAUUGCUUCACGAUCAAGGACGUGGUCUAUAAUUUCAAGAAUCUGGAUUAAAAAAAAGAUGCUCUGUUAUUCUUCACUCAAGUGAAAGGAGGGUACAGUAAAACUUCAGAUAUAAAUAUUUGCCUUAUCCAAAACCUUUUUUUGACAUUUCUAUAUUAUUAAAAAAAAUAUAAAACAUUUUUUCCGUAUUUAUAUAUAGUUAUAUCAACACUCGUGGAAGUUGGGAAAACUCGAAAUUGUAUGAAAACACUCCGCCCUUCGGGCGUCGUGUUUCCAUACAAUUUCGAGUUUUCCCAAUUCCACUCGUGUUGAUAUAACUGUAUAUCAACACGGAAAAUGUUUUAUAGUUGUUAAAUACUAUAUGAUAUCCUAAGAUAUUGAGAUCCUCAGAUAUUGUAUGAUAUUCAGAGUCAAGCUCGGAGCCAUUCCAAAUAGCUCGGUACCGAGCUCUCAAUAGCUCGGAACCGAGCUCAUUUGAAUAAUUACUCGCUGGAGCACCCUGCGCCCUGGCGAUUAUAGGUUUCGGCACUCAUUUUUAGUGGAUCGGCCAUAUCUAAAAGUGGAUCUCCAAUCUCCAAUCUUCGUCGAUAGCCACAAAAUAGAAUAUCAAUGAGCUGCCAAUUUUUACCCAAAUUAUCCAUAAGAUUCCUGCCAAUUUUUAUCCAAAUUAUCCAUAAAUAACCCUAACUUUUAAAGAAAAAUUAAAGAAUCUUACUAUAAAAAAAGCCAAAGGUGCUGUUUAUUUUAACCAGUAUGAAUAUGUUUACGUUCUUUUAAAACUGCUUUUUUACUGCAUUGAGGAUUCAACAACAAGGAUAAUGAAUUUGGAGAUGUAUUAAUGCCAAAUAAAUCCUACCAAGCAGUCAAAAUGACAUCUUAUAGCUCGACAAAGACAUAAAUACAAAGACAGCGAUGCACAGGAACAAUUGUAAUUGUAUGAAAUAUAACCUCGAUAUUAAGACUGCUAAGUGCUAACUAUGCUUUUAUAAGAACAGAGUAAAGACCAGACACAGUACUAAAAUGCGGUGCUUUACAAAUUUCCGGCGACCGUCGUUUCCGCCUACAAAACGUGCUACAAGCAAAGGUUAUAUUUUAUAGUACGCUACAUUCCUCCUGUACGUCGGCCGGCAGUUUUUCCGUACGCUUGGUCGCCUUAAUUAUAAAACCUUCAAAAUAAACUAUUGUCGGAUCAAAAUACUAUCAAAAUGAAGAGAAACGUGAGACGAACCAUUGGUAUACGGCCGAAAAAGAGAAAACCAACCAUACGAAAGUUAUCAAGGAUCAAACGUACUACAUGUUUAAUUAGUUAAAUAAUAAUUUUGAGCGAUUUGUCAAUUGUCAAUUGUCAACAAUACAAUUUCGCUUGACUUUCAAGGCCAUAAAUCGCUAGAAUGAUGCUGUUUGGUGAUUCGUACGCUGAUUCGAACGAUGAUAUUUUGUCCUCGUUGGGUCACUUGUGUGCAUAAAACCAAAGAUAGUCGGUCCUGAGAGUCCGAGAUUAAUUAAUUCAAUUUUAGGGAAGCAAUGGCGAAGUAUUUGGUUUGGAACAAACUCCUCCCCAAAAAACCUGUCUGCAUGGUAGUGGUGCUAAACUAAGUAAUUUUGCAACAAUAGACAGGUUCUUUUGCCCCAGCGAGAUUGAAUGAUCGUAGGAUUGAAUCACCGAAUCCUAAGAUGGAGUCAUUGAAUCCUAAGAUUGAAUCUUUGAAUCCUAGAUAGAAUCUUUGAAUCCUAAGAUUGAAUCAUUGAAUCCUAAGAUUCAAUCAUUGAAUCCUAGAUUGAAUCAUUGAAUCCUAAGAUUGAAUCAUUGAAUCCUAGAUUGAAUCAUUGAAUCCUAAGAUUGAAUCAUUGAAUCCUAGAUAGAAUCAUCAAAUCCUAGAUUGAAUAAUUUAAUCCUAGAUAGAAUCAUUGAAUCAUAAGAUUGAAUUAUCGAAUCCUAAGAUUAAAUCAUUGUAUCCUAAGAUUGAAUCAUUGAAUCCUAGAUUGAAUCAUUGAAUCCUAGAUUGAAUCAUUGAAUUAUAAGAUUGAAUCAUUGAAUCCUAAUAUUGAAUCAUUGAGUCCUAGAUUGAAUAAUUGAAUCUUAGAUUGAAUAAUUGAAUCCUAAAGUUGAUCAUUGACGAGUGUGUUCUCACCAGAAAAGCUAUAAAGUUUUGUUUGUCCCUACUAUCCUUUCUACCGCAGUGAAGCCAACUUUUUAGCCUUCCUGGUGUGAACACACUCGUCAAUGAUUCAAGCUUAGAAUUCAAUGAUUCAAUCUAGGAUUCUAUUAUAGGAUUCUAUUAUAGGAUUCAAUUUAGGAUUCAAUGAUUAAAUCUUAGGAUACAAUGAUUCAAUCUUAGGAUUGAAUGAUUCAAUCUAGGACUCAAUGAUUCAAUCUUAGGAUUCAAUGAUUCAAUCUAGGACUCAAUGAUUCAAUCUUAGGAUUCAAUUAUUCAAUCUUAUAAUUUAAUGAUUCAAUCUAGGAUUCAAUGAAUCAAUCUAGGAUCCAAUUAUUCAAUCUAGGAUUCAAUGAUUCAAUCUUAAGAUACAAUGAUUCAAUCUUAGGAUUCAAUAAUUCAAUCUUAGGAUUCAAUUAUUCUAUCUAGGAUUCAAUUAUUCAAUCUAGGAUUCGAUUAUUCUAUCUAGGAUUCAAUUAUUCAAUCUUAGGGUUCAAUUAUUCAAUCUUACGAUUCAAUGAUUCAAAUGAAGCUCGGCUCCGAGCUAGUUCGAGUGACUCAGAGCUAUUGAGAGCUCGGAUCCAAACUAUUUAGAGUGGCUCCGAACUUGGAUCCGAAUAUCAUACAAUAUCUUAGGAUCUCAAUAUCUUAGGAUAUCAUAUAGUAUCUUAAUAUAUUAUACCGUAUCUUAGGAUCUCAAUAUAUUAGGAUAUCAUACAGUCUGUUAGGAUAUCAAUAUCUUAGGAUAUUGUUGUAUCCUGCCCAUAUCACGUGCACGAGCACGUGAACAUUAUUUAACCUGCUUUUUGGACUUUAGACUUAGAAAUUUAAUGUUAAUUUGUUUGCAUCUAACCAAGUCUUAACAUUUUCGAUUUCCUCUCCCAAUUUGUAUUCAAUUUCAAAAGAAGACUCUCCAGUUGCAGUUAAGCUUGUAUCGUCAGCAAACAUGGCGGGUUCAGUUAUUUCUAAACUAUUUUGCAAAUCAUUUAUAUAAAUUGUAAACAAGAGUGGAAGGUUAUAUCCUUGUGGGAUCUCGCAUGUAAUGUUUUGAAAGGUUGAUAGCGAGUUAUUUACUUUGUAUAUUCGUUUCCUAUCACUAAGUUAUGACUGAAAGCAUGACAGUGAUAAUCCACGAAUCCCAUAACAUCCCAACUUGAAUAAUAGAAUCUUAUGGCUUACCGUGUCAAAAGCCUUUUUGAGGUCCAGAAAUAGCACACCACGUUUGCUAUUAGUUACAUGUAGCAAUGACGUUUCAGUUGAAUGAUUUGCUCGAAAACCAGACUGAAUUUAGAAUUAAAGCUAGAAUUUUGAUUUAAAGCUAGUUUCGAGUGAUGAGCAUACCCUAAAUUUUAAGCUAUACCUCAAAGAAGAUGGGUCAUUUGAACAUAAACAUUGAAAUGUGGGUAUACUGACAGCUCUGUCACACAUGUAGUUUGACAUUAGCAGACCUUCAUUUUAACGAAACAUUUUAACGAAAGCAUAAUUUACAAAGCCAAAGUUUACAUUUUCACUUACUUCUUAACAUCUGUUUUAAUCCAACUAGCUCUGUAGGCACGAGCGAAAUUUAGUGUUGAUGUAAAUAAUCCAUUUUGUUCAUGUUCCCCCGGUGAAAAUAUAGUCUAUUCCAAGCUGAUUUGGACGUACUUUAGCUUUUCAGAAACCGUUGGCCUUCCUCAGUAAGAUUAUCAACAGUUUCACAAACAUAUUUGAUAGUAAACAGCUAAAAUAUUCUCCGAAAGUCUAUAUUCUUGCUCAUCGACGCGAAAAUGGAAACUCAAGAAGAAAUGAGCCGCUAUUUUUGGUCAGCGUCAACAAAUUACCUACCUGUUCGUCAAGAAUAGUCGGCUGCUUCGCUGACGCUCGGCAGCAAUUAUUCAUAUUAUCAGUUCGAAUAAAAAUGGUUCAACUUACCACAGAACAAAGAGUUUUUAUUGUGCUAAAUUAUACGGAAACUCAAAGUACAUGCAUGCAUGCAUAAAAUUCGAUUCAAUUGUUUUUACGCAUCCAUGAGUUCAGUAUACACGGUGUCCCAAAAACCAAAACCAACCUGGAAACCAACCAGACAAGUAGGCCCAGCUUGAUGAUAAUCCUGAUGAUGAACCAGCCAAUAUGGAAACUCUGUUAUGAUCUAAACUAUGAUCUACAAAGUAUAGAUGAAACAAUAGACAGACUGAGUGACAAAAUUGCAAAUUUACACCCACCACCAAAGCCUUCUAAUCAAUCACCAUCUGCAACGAGAACCACCAGCUAAUUCUGAUUCCACUCAGCAUAACCGACACAAAAAGCGGCAACCUCUUCAGGAAGUUCAAAAUUUAGUUAACGAUGUCGUCCAGCAGGAACCACCUCAACAAUCACAACAACCACAGCAAAACACAAAUGGAAUAAUUGAAUGGCUGUUCCCCACAAGUAUCUACCAAACUCAAAUAGGUGGAAGACCAAUGGCAAGUAAUGCUUGGACAAUUAUUGCUUCGAUGUGGUGCCGGACGUUUCUGUUAAAAACAUUGGUCAUCCCAUCUAAUAAAAGUGAUAUCCGAGCUAUGACAAGCAGCUACAAACAAACAAUUUUGAAUGGGAACUUAUUGUAUCAAGGUUCGAAUCUACCUCAUGACCAACCAAAUUUGGAAGUUCGAGAUGUGGUCAACAAGAUCAAGGAUCUGAACUUACAAAUUUUGCACGAUUUGGGAUUCUUCAAUGUGGAUGACAUUAAAGAAACAUUUGUUCAAAUGCUUCAAGGAGGGAAAAGGCAUGCUGGUGUUUUGAUUAUCCCACCAGCCAAUUCAGUGGCCAUAUUUACCGAUAAUGGAAACCUGGCUGUGUUUGACAGUCAUCAGCAUGGCAUCAGCAAGGUGGCCUAG